CGAUUUAGUCGUCCUCGCAACCGCCUCCGUUCGCUACGAAUUCGUUCGGUGCCGUCCGCGUACUCGAAUCAUCAUUCACACGUAUCGCCUGUUCCCAGUGUAGGAUGUUUAUGGUUUUCUUCGGGCUCUCCCUCACAAGGUACGUCAGAGACGUUUGAAAGAGACUGUGACUUUUGCCAGUCGCCGAGAUGGAUACGUGGCACAAGAUGCAGUUGAAGCUCUACUCCACUUGUCUGUUCUUUUUGGCCUUGGACUAUUCGGGCUUCGUUAUGGGUGGUGAGUUGUGGUGUUUUGGUGGACGCCAGCCGCUGUUUCUGGAGGCUGCAGUCGCCUCUUUUGCAAACCUUUUUCCAUUUAUUCAGUAGCUAUAUUUUCCCAGCAGGUUCCGAAGUCGAAAACCAUUUGGAAAUGGGUCGUGAUUUUCUGGCCCGAGGACAACUCCAAGACGCUUUGUCUCAUUAUCAUGCAGCAGUCGGUAAGUCAAUGUUUUCUUCAACACCGACAAAAAAAAAUUUUUGUGAUUAAUCUAUUUUACUAAACAGUAAACAUCAGCUCUCUAGUAUAUCAAAUGUUUUUGUGAUAAGUACCUAUUGCAUUUCCAAUACUUUGUAGUUUCAAGUAAACGAUUAUUCAAAUAAUUAUUUGAUAUUAACUAUCUACCUACUUGCUGAUAUCUCAUUCCAUAUGAUUGACAAGUCAUGUAUUUUUUUUGUAACAGUAAAUUCAACAUAUUACCUUAAUUUUUUAUACAUAUAUAUAUAUUAUUUAUAUCGCAAGUAUAAUUGUAGUGAUUUUAUUUAUUCCAGUGUUAAUAUGAUGGACAUUUGUUUAUUAAUUGUUUGAACAAGGCUGUGAUUAUUACUUGGUUUAGAUAUUUUAUAAUAAUAACAAAAAAACAAAAUAUGCUUUGUAUUAGAUACGUAACAAUGUAAAAUUAUAUUUUACAGAGGGUGAUCCAGAUAAUUAUUUAACAUAUUUUAAAAGAGGAACAGUUUAUUUAGCUCUUGGUAAAGCUAAAUUUGCAUUAAUCGAUUUUGGCAAAGUUCUUGAACUUAAACCAGAUUUUACCGCUGUAAGUAGUAUUUUUAUUACCCAUAUUAAAAAACGAUUGGUUAGUGUUAUUUUAUUUUUAUUUAUCUAUUAGGCACGUUAUCAACGUGGUGUAGUCCUCAUGAAACAGGCUUCUAUUGAAGAUGCAAGGAAAGAAUUGUACAAUGUUGUAAGUAAAUGUUAAUUUAUUACUGUGUGUGUUUGCCCAUAAUUUAAUUAUAAACUAUAAUGAUAUUUAUGUAUGUGAUUUUUCAGUACCUUGCCAAUGGCGAUUUCUCACAAGAAGCACACGAUUUAUAUUCAAAACUAGACGGUCUUGCUUACGAUAUACAAUUAGUAACAUACUACGAAGAAAAUAAAGACUUUGAAAGUGCUAUAAAUUCCCUGGACCGUCUAAUAGAACACUGUCCUUGGGCACCUUCAUUACGCGAACAACGGUCUCAGUUACACAUAAAUUCUGGAAAUUUGCAACACGCUAUAAUGGAUUUGCGAACAGCCACUAAACUUCAAGCUGAUGAUACGGAUGGCCAUUACAAGUUAUCAAAACUCUAUUAUAGUAUAGGAGACGUAUCUGAAUCUUUAAAGUAAAUACUAACUAUUUCAAAUACAAUUUUGUGUUCAUGCCUUAUUAAAUUACCAUGUUCAUAUUGUUUCACAGAGGAAUUCGAGAGUGUUUGAAAUUAGAUCCAGAUCAUAAAUUAUGUCAUACACAUUAUAAGCUAGUGAAAAAAAUUGAACGGCUAGUAGUAGAUAGUCAGUCAGCACUCAACAUUAAAGAUUUUCCCAGUUGUAUUCAAUUCUCUAAAAAGGUAAACCAUAUUUUGAUUCAAUUAUAUUAUAUUAUAAUUAUAUUUGAUCUAAGAAUAGAACAGAAUAGCACUGUCUGGUGAUUUAAAUUUUGUAAUUUCAUUUUCAAAUCCAAUUGUUAUAGCAUUCAAUUUAUUGCUAAAUUUAUACAUAUUUGCGUAGCCUAUUAUCGGAUGAUAUAGAUUUUUUUAAUAUCACGUUAUGGUCAAUGACAAUCAUAUUUAUUUGUAAAUUACUAGGCUCACUUCAUUUUGCAUUCAUUAUUAAACUUGAAGUAUGGACCUAUAUACAUAACCAUUGAAUUAACAUAUUAUCUAACUAUUGAUCAAUGAUCUGAAAAUAUAAUAAAUAUUAAUACUGAAUAAUUAAACUUUGUUGACAUUGCUGUUUUUAUAUCUGAACAAAUGGUGGAUAAUUUAUAUUAUUUGUAAACUAAGUUUCUAAAAUGCUUUUUAUGUUUGAUUUUGUUUUGUAAUGAUUAAAAUAUUAAACAUUUAAUAAUACAUUCAUUAAAAUGUAAAUCAAAUAUUAAUUCUACAUAUGGUUUACCAUGAAUUAAAUUUGAAAAUGUGUAAAAAUUAAAAUAUUUUGUUUCAAUUUUUAACUAAACUAAAAUGGAACAGACGUAUAUUAUAUUUAAUUGGGUUCUGUACAUUUAUCUGUGUAUUAUUUAAAUUAGCAAUGUAUAAUAUAUAUUUAACAACUUUUAGAAAAUAAUCAUUUAUUUGCUCCUAGUUAGAGAUGUUACAAACCCUGAUUUUUAAAGUUUUUAAACCAAAUUUUUUAGUAAAAUUAAUGAACCCGAACCAAACUGAACUUACACCUACACAUUUUUAUUUAAACUUGAACCUAAUCCAACUUAUAAUAUAUUUUAUCAAAUUCAAACAUUAAAAAAAUAAAAAGUUAGGUUGCUUAGGUCAAAAACCUAGGUUCUCAAACUGGUCGACUCUGUGAUUUACGAUUAUGAGACCCACUAAUGUGAAAAAAAUAGAACUUUUCUUUUUUGUAACAAGGCCACUCUAACCCAACAUAGAACAUUGUAUUGGUUAGAAUAGAAUUAACAUCAUAGAAUUGACAUAAAAUGAUAUUUGAACUGAACUAUUGGGUAUUUGGAUCGGUUCGAUUAUUUUCAAUUUUCAGUUUGAUUUUCGAUCCGAACUGAACACCUCGAUCUUUGUUCGGUUUGUUUUCGAAAAUAAAAACAGUUCAUCACAUCUCUACUCCUAGUACAAUAAUUUAUUUGUAUAGUAUAUCUAUUUUGAGCAAUACUUUUAAUAAUCAUUUGUUAUAUAGCUUGCUUUUUUUUUCAAUUAUAGGCAUUAGACUUGGAGAAAAGUACUGAACAUGUAAGGUUCUUAUCCUUAGAAAAACUUUGUCAUUGUUAUCAACAUACAGAUGAACCUGCAAUGUCGUUGAAAUACUGUAGUGAUGCUUUAGACAUAUCUAAAACGGCUGAUCUCUACUGUAUGAGAGCUGAGGCAUACAUUGCUAACUCAAUGUUUGAAGAAGGUAUGAAAUAUAAAAUAAAUUUGAAGCUGUAAAAAAUCUGUACCGUGGUAUUUUUGAUAAAAUUUGAAUACCAAUUAUUAUUUUUUAACCAUUUUUACAUGUCUAUGAUAACUAGGGUCCAGAUUUAAUUGUAUUUUUUUUUCGGUUAAUUGACAGUAGUGGCAGAUACUUAGUAUAGAUAUUGCUACACCACUGGAUUUAAAUUAAAUUUAAAUCCAUAAAUAGCGCUUAAACAUAGCAAAAUGUCUUAAAAAUAUUAAAAAAUGCAAAAAUAGCAGAGGGGUUUAAAAGUCCCCUUUUUCUUUAACACAGCUUAUUUAUUAAAUACAAUUUAAUAGUUCUAAAAAUUAUUAACACAAGGUAAUUUUUUAACUUUAAAAAUGUACAUAUUAUAUAAAAAAUAUUUUGCUUUAUAAUUUUUUAAUGUUAGACAAUUUUAUUUAAUAAAUAGGACUUGUUAGAGGGGAGACUAUGCUUUUUUUAAUAUUUUGUAAGGGCUUUUUUCAUGGGGUUUUUUGCAUUAAUAAAACGCUUUAUUGUAGAUUUAAAGUGCAUUUAAAUCUGGACUCUAACGAUAAAUUACUAUUUCAGUUUUAGGUUAGAAUAAUUGAUAGAUUGGUAAUAUUUUAAAGAAAAUAGAAAUGGUACGUAAUUUAGUAUCGGUUUAAUCACUCAAAAUAUAAGCUAAUUUAUAAAUAGAUCAAAUACAAUUAAUUAUAAUAGUGAGAGGUCAAGUAUUAGGCACUUGUUUGAAGUCUCACAUCUUAUAAACAAAUUUCAUUAUUAGGCAUUAAUAUUAUCAUUCAAUGAAACCUAGAUCAUUAAAAACUAUUUAUACAUUUUUUUUUGUAUUUUAAUCUUAUUUCAAUUUAGUAUAAUAUUAUAAAUCACAUAUCUUUAAUCAAUAGCGUUUUAGAUAAAAUUAUAAUUUCUUCAUAGAUUAUACUCUAUUGUGUUGAGAUAAUACAUUUGAUAUUGUAAGUAGUGUAUUUCUUAUCAAAAUUUGUAAACUUAAAAAACAAAAAAUAAUAAUAGCUAAUACGCAUUAAAUUUAAAUACAUUACAGUAAUUUGUUACUACCAAAUAAUUAAACAUAAGAGUAUAAGGGCACACAAUUUUUAACCUUGAAUAUUUUACAAUAAUUGUGAUGACAAAUUUUAAAUUAUGACUUAAAUAUGCAGUACAUGCAGUACUAUACAUCUGAAAACUCAUUAUAUGUAAAUUAAAAUCACUUGAGUACUAUUUAAUUUCACAUACCUAUAAUUUUCUGAAAAUAUUAAUGUUUUAUGUAUCCAUGUUGCAUAUUAACCAACAGUUUAUUAUUUUUUAGUAUUUGUAGUUCAGAUAAUAGAUUUUUGAUGAUAAAGAAAUAGUUGUUUGGUAUUGUUUCAUUAUUCUGAUCUUCUGAACUUUAAGUUCUAAGAUAUGAAACUCGGAAAAUUAUGACCAAAUUAUAUAACCAAAAUUACAUACAAAUUUCGAAAAGUGAAUAACGUUAUUAUUGUUUAAUUAUAAUGACUAAUUUUUAGAGAGAAAGGGAUAUUGGAUAGGACAGAAAUUUAAAGUGGAAAAGUUAAGAUCUGUAAAUUAAAAAUCUAUGUUUUAAUCACUGAAUUUUUGAAUUUAUAGUAUACAAAUUUAUUAAAUGACCUAAUAAUGUCAAAAGAUUAUUACUGUAUAGUUAACAAUAUCCUAUAAAUGCAAAUGCAUCAAGUUCCGGACACUAAUAAUAAAUACUAUGCUGUUUAUUGCUUAUUUAAUAUUUGAUAUUGAAAAUCAAUUUUCAGAUAAUUACUUUUGGAAAAUAAUAUUUAAAAAUUAAACCAUUAAUUGGCGAUACAGUUUUUGAUUAAUGGUUUGCUGCAUUGUUUGCUACUUGGUCACAAUAUUGCCAAAAUGUCGUGUUUGUUGUAGAGUAUUUUUUCAUUGGUAAAUAGUAAUGCAAAGUAAACAAAUCUAUAAAUAAAUAAAUGAAUGCGUCACUUGAUAAAGUAAACAUGGUUUUUAAUUGUUUGCUGUUCCUGACAACCUGGUUUUCAAAAAAUGCAUUCAGUUAUUAAACAAUAUCACCAAAACAGUUUGUUCACUAAACUAGUAACCAGGUUACUUAAAACUUCAUUGCCAAAUUAUGUUAAAUAAUAAAAAAUAUUUAAUAAGACUUAAAAUUAAAAAAAAAAAAAAUACUUUUCAACUUUUGUGGGUACUAUAUUAAAAAUUGUAUUUAACCACUAUGAAUUUUUUAAAAAAACAGAUUUUAAAACAUUAAAAAUAGUUAAAAAGAAAAAUGUAUUCUUUUGUUUUAUUAUUUUAUGUUAAUGUGUUUUUUUAGCAAUUAGAGAUUUUGAACACGCACUCCAAAUCAACCAAGAACAUAGACAAGCAAGUGAAGGAUUGAAAAAAGCCAAACAAUUACAAAAACAAGCAGAAAGAAAAGACUACUAUAAAAUAUUAAAUGUAAAAAGAACGGCCACUAAACAAGAAAUUAUUAAAGCAUAUAGGUAAGUAAUUUAUAUAAUAUUAUUUAUUAUUUUAAAAGUAUACACGGUUAUUAUGAAACAUUGAAUAUUUAGAAAAGCAGCUCAACAGUGGCAUCCGGAUAAUUUCCAAGGAGAAGCUAAAAAAAAUGCUGAGAAAAGGUUCAUCGAAAUAGCUUCUGCUAAAGAAGUACUGACUGAUCCAGGUGAUAAAAUUAAUACCAUUAGUUUCUUUAACAGUUUAAUAAUUAAUUAUCUUUGGUUUGUUUGUAAUCAGAAAAGCGUGAACAAUUUGAUCGUGGAAUUGAUCCACUAGAUCCAGAAUCAGGACGUCACCAACAAGAUGGUUUCAAUCCGUUUCAACAGUUUCAUCAAUUCCAUGGAAGUCCAUUUACAUUCAAGUUUAACUUUAACUAAUUUAUAUGGUGUAUAAAUUGUGCCAUAGAAAGUUAAGUUUUCGCCCUAUUAUCAAGGGCUCAAAGGCUGUGUGUGCUAAAAUGUAAAUAAACUAAUGCAUAAUGAAAGUCGUAAAUUAAUUUAUUGUAAAUAGUAAUAACUUCCAAAUAUUAUUUUGUAACACGGUAACUCGAUGCAAUGUGAUUAAUUCACGCAUUUUAUUAUAUGGUUAACAUCUUCCCACGCUAUUUAAAAACACCAACAUAAUUAUUAUUAAAUUCAAUCGUACAAUAGAAACAACUAAUUACAAUUAAAAUUUAAUUUAGAAUUAAUUAUCUCUGUGUUUUUAGUUUCA